UAGCAAACGGAAGGAGAAAGGAACGCUAGCUAAACUUUAGAAAGUUUUAUUUAAAGAAAUGCCGAAAUAUCCGGAGGAGACGAGAAACGUGAGUGUGCCGCCGCCAGGCCGCUGGGUGUGGAGUGAUGAAUCCCAAACAGUGGAGUUUGUCAGUUCUAGUCCAGCAGCGGAUGGUGUUAUGAGUAAAAGGAGGCAAACCAAUGCCAGUUUCAGCGAGCUUCAGCAGCGUGCAGAGUGGUUGGCUGAAAUCUGUACUCCGAACCGUAGAGGGCGCCAAAGCAUUAGGAAGAGCCUGAGCCCUGCUCAUCUGAACGCAUAUAGGUCUUCUGUGAUGAAAAGGCGAGGAGACCACGUCACCAUUGAUGAUGUUAAACAGGUGGCUGUCAGUUUGCUACAGGAGAAUUAUUUGCUUCCCAUUCCAUUCUGCUUCUUGGCUGUAUUGAAAAGUAAAGAGCUCGAUGAAGUCCUGACUGCCCUUCUACUUUACCUGUCUUGUUUCUUUGAACACAAGUCUCUGGAAAAUAAACCUAAGUCUAUAAUGGCUGUAGACAUCAUCACAGAGCGCCAGGUGAUGGUGGAGACUUUGGCCAAAAAGGAGAUAGCUGAAAAGAAGCUGGCUGUCUGUUACUUCACUCUGAUCAUGGACCUGGAGAUAGAACAGCAUCAACACACAGCAAAUCACAAGGGCCACGUGUCAAAGAGUACAGACUGGCUGCUACAUGCGUGCUUGUACAGCUUCUUCUGUUACGUUGCUUGGGUAACAUUUGGCAGGAAGGGCCUAAGGGACAUGCAAGAGGAGGUUGGGCGUCUUUUGUACUCUGACACCUUCAACACAGCAGUGAGGAACAGGACUGAUGGGGACUCAGGAAUGACUUCUGCUGCUCAUAAUGGUUCAGCAAAGACGGGAGAAGCUGACCUCAAGGAGACGGGAUGUAAUAGCACAUUCAAACACAGAACAUUCAAGAGGCGUCCGGCCCCCAGCAGUAUAGUUAAUCAGCGUUCCCCACUUAUGGUGUCUCUGCUGCCCUCACCCAAAGAACAGUCACCCCAUCUGUUCCUCAGCAGCCGGGCCAGGAGGCAGAGCCCGCUGCAGGCUGAGCACUGUGACACCAAGGCCCUGACAGAGGAACUCAACCAGCAGCUGGCCAGCGUCAGCUUUGGGAUUCUUGGCAAGCCACUGAGACAGUUCAGCCGCGCAACGCUGAUACCGUAUGGAGAACAAAAAAGCAACAGAGAUGAGGAUGAGGACCAUGAACCAGGCAGUGAUGUUAAUCACAAUACUGAGGAUCAUCCUGGCACCCUUGUUCAAGGAAGCAGGUCAUCCUUCAUGGCACCCAAGUCGACAGGCCCUGCUAGAUAAGGCAGCACUGCCCACAUAAACACUAGAAACACUGAGGCAGUGACCUCAGAUACUGAAUGAGUCGCACGUGUAUGUGUGAAAGAGACAGAAUGUGUUCAGUGUUUUCACUGGCAUAACACAGGCAUUGCAUGUGCCCAGACUCACAAAUACAUUCCUCAGCACAGCCCACAGCACCAGAUACACAGAGAGAGAUUCAGGUAGCAGCUGAGUUUUCAUUCUGCUUUACUCAUGUGUGGCUUAUUUUCCAAAGCACCUCCCUGGACUGUCAUCACACACACUGUGUUUGUCAGGAAUUGCCUCUGAAUUUGAAUCAGUUUCUCAUUUGCCAGCUGGUGGUGCUGUUGAAUAAAAUAUACUGAAACCAA